AUAAACUGCCUGCAUAUAUAGAAUAAAAAUGCUUCUUGAAUAAAAUAAAACAAAUAUCCCUUUCCUGCAUAACAAUUACAUUAAAAUACACUGCAAUUAAUACAAUGUAGACAGUAACAGGCAGACUUUUCCACUGAGGUUGACAGUUGUGCAAAUAACAAAACAUUUGUGCAAAUCUCAAAUAAAACAUUCAAGUCAAUUUGUCACAAAAUAAGCUAUAUCAAAAUCAUAAAAAAAUAUAUAUAUAUAUAUAUUUUUUUUAAAUCGAUAUAAACGAUAUUGUCUCGUACCAUAUCGCGUUUGAAAAUAUAUCGAUAUAUAUUAAAAUCUCGAUAUAUCGCCCAGCCCUAAACUGGAGUCAGAUUGUUUACAGCUGUAACACUAAUGUUGGAAUAAAUCUGAGGUCAACUUUUAACAUCGGACCUGAAAGAGUUUAAUUCGACCAGUUUCAUUUAUUGAGAGAAAAGUGUGUUUUAUAGUUUUUUUGCAUGAUGAAUUUUCUUGAUAGGGUGUGGUAAAGUAAAUAAGACAUCAUAUACCAUCUGAUGAAUGGCACAACUAUAAGGCGUGACUUUCACAUGUCCUGUCAACUUCCUCUUAUGUGUAUAUGAAAACACUUGUGAAAAAGAAUGGGUCAUCUAUACCGAUCAUAGUUGCAAUACUAUUUUCAUGACAAGUUUUUAACUUUGUGAGAAACAACAGUAUAUUGAAACCAGAGAAGUCUGCUAACGUCCACAAUGAGACUGGACCUUUAUCAUGAAUUCUACUCAGUACUCAUCUUCUACACUGAAAUCAGUCGAUAAACAUCACAUUUUGUACCGAAUGGGAUUUUGUUGCAACAUAGUUCUAAAAUACCAUUUUCAAAAGAGGCUGGAGAACAGAGGGAGUCACGUGAGGUGAUAAUUGCAUCGUAAAGGAAGUGAAUCUUGUAGUUCCCCAAUCGUUUUCCAUUUAACAGAUGAUUCACCAACACUUGUUUGAAAUGCACUUCCGAGGUUUGCUCAUGUGGAUGUUGUACAACUAACAUUAAACAGAAGAUAUUUCUUCAUGUGUGCUGUUAUUGCCAUCUUCUUCUGACCCUUCAUUAGCAGAGAAAGACCGGCAACUUGAAGAAAAUCUUCAGAGGCUCUACAACCAGGAUGGGAAGAAGAAGGAAGCAGUCACUUGUAAUCUAAAAUAAAUACAAACCAUCAUCAAACCUCCAAAUCUCCAGUAUUUCAUGGUGUGAAAGCCAUCCAUCUCAGGAGUUUUAUAUAUAGAAAAGAGGACCAGUGACAGACUAAAUGGGGAGAGACAAGACAACCCUUUUCCUGUCUGUUCUCCUGACUUUGGCUCCGAUCUGCACCGGAGCCGAAUACUGCCCCAUUGGAACCACAACUUGUCCCAGCCUCCCAGUUAAAAAUCUGACUUGCUACAAUGAUUUCUAUCGAACCAUCACUUGUGAGUGGAACAGCACAUCUGAAUCUCAUCACAACUGCUCAAUUCAUGCUGUGUCUCAUUGCGCUUCACUGAAGGCAUCCUGUAAGAUGAAGCCUGACGUCUUCAAGCCAGCCAUAAAAAGGUGCUCCCUGACCUUUAGCAAACUAUACAGUUUUAACUCCUAUGAGAACAUGUCCCUUGAUCUAAGCUGUAACAAUCUGAAACAAUCGCUUUCGAUUAACUACAUCCCAAAAUGUCACAUAAAGGUGAAUCCGCCAGGGAAACCCCAUGUCAACUUGACCACGGUAUCUUGGCACCCUCAAAUACCGCAGCACAUAAGGAUUAAGGAUUUUGAAACGCAGCUGGAGUGGAAACAACAGGACAAGUCAUGGGAUGAUGCAUCUGUGCAGAUUAAAAUCUCCACCUGCAAGAACGAGUGUAAGGUGGAGCUUGAUACCGAGCUGCUGAUGCAAGGCGAGACAUACGAAGCGCGUGCUCGUGUGAAGUCUACAAAAUAUUCCGGAACCUGGAGUGAUUGGAGUCCCACUGAAUUAUGGGUGUCAAGUGUGGGAGAAAUCAAACCAUCAGGAAAAGUUCAUACUUGGAAUAUGGUUCUCGUGGGCUCAGGAGUGGUUCUUGUCAUUCUGCUUUGUUUUUUCCUCAAGAAUAAAAAAUCCACGUGGGUUAUUGUCCUAAAGAGGAUCUCAGGUCCACCACUACCAAACCCGGCAAAGUCUGAAAACAUCCAUAGUUGGUUGAAUCCUUACUUCACCAGUGAAUCCUUUUAUUCCUUGAAACCAGAGAAAAUCGACUCUUUAGAGGUAAACUCCACCAAACAUGCUGUCAAACCCUAUGGGCUCGAUGUGAAAAUGCUGAAAAACAAGCUGAUCUGCAAAUCUACCGGCUCCAACUUCUCCAACCCAAGUUACUCCGAGCUUUGUUCUUCUUCUCCCGUUUCUUCACUCACUGCUGGGAAUCUGUUGCCUUGUGAAGCCGAUAGUCCUUAUGGACCGUCUGCUGGUCAGGGAGGAGGAAAAAUCUCAAAACCGGAUAGUGAGGAUGUGGCAGAGAAGCUAAAGUUGCUUUCUAAUGCCAUCAGCAACACUGAGCCCGUUCAGGUAAUUACAGAUUACGAAAAGAUUGAGAAACUCCACCACGAGGACCUCAUGUUGAAGAGCGUAGAUUCAGACAUGUGCAUUUCUGGAGAGGUCACUCAAGAGGCCACUGAAACUCAAGAGCUUAUGGAAGGGGAUAUCAUCAAGAAGGCUGAUGGGCAUGAUAAAUGCACUCCGUGUAAGGAAGAAAAAGACGGAUGUGAUGGUAUGACUGUUGAUUUUCAAAGAAUUUUCAGGAGCAGUGGAGGCAUUUUUGGAAAAGACUCUAUUCAAGUUUGUUCUGAUUAUGAACAAGUCCCAAGGCGACAGGGUCAUAGCCCAGAGCUUCCAAGCGUGGAUUCAGGUGUAAGCAGUGGAGGUGAGGAGCAUGAGAGUCAAGAGGAGAGUAUGGAGAUUGGUGAUGAGUCCACAUGUUUCCCACCUCCUCAUCCUUCAGUCUUCUCAUCCUCUUUGCUUCCUUUGACACAAAAGUCUUUCAACUCAGGUGUGGGAGACACAAUCAAGGAUCAGGUGCACACAGACCAGGGCAGGGUGGACAGGAACCUACAGGUGGAAGCCAAAAGGAGAGUGGCCCAGCACCGUCAGAGCGUGUCUGCGACAGGUGGGGGCCAGUGCACACCCGAGCCCACACCGCUGGACACCAAAAUAGCCUCCAUCCUUGGGACGGCCAGCGUGUGUGGUGUAGUGUCGGAGAGGGAAGGAGACACUGAUUUGGCGGAGACCAAAGAGGAGAGCGUUGACACCACCUAUUUUGUCAUGUCCCCGAUAGCCUUCGAUGAAAGUGUACUUGGAAUAUAA